AUUCCGGUGUUCGUAAAGUCUUGGCCCUGCAAAUGGGAAACAAUCAGUGCCAGUGUGAUUUGAUCAUCAACCUCUUGUCAGAAUCACCGACUACAACUUUUAAUGCUUUACAUUAGCAAAAAUAAAUAUGUGUACUAAUUUGUAUUGCAAAAAGGCAAAUCUAUGGUAACCGUCUCUCUUUCUCUUUUUACCCACAACCUCUUCCCCAGGUUUCUUUCCUAUUGUAUGAACAUAAAGAUUAAAGGUGCAGUACAAGAACAAGUCAGCAAGCAUCUCUGAGAGAAUUGUUUCUUUCCUCUUGUAUGAACAUAAAGAUUAAAGGUGCAGUACAAGAACAAGUCAGCAAGCAUCUCUGAGAGAAUUAUUUUCACCAUAUCGUUGCAUUAAAGGAUAGUUUGACCGAGUUUCUGUUUCCAAACAGAACUAAAGUCAGAAAUGUCUGGAUUUACCGAACCAUCACAACCGCUCAUGUCAGUGAAGAAGGAGAUAAAAGAAGAAGAAUUUGAUGAUUUCCUACAAGAGUAUUUGUCUGCAAUUCAGACAGUGGAAGAAAAGCCUGGAAUGGAAUGUGAAAUCAAGACUGAAAUGUACACGUCACCAACCAUGAAAGAAGAAAAGAAUUCACCAAUGGAAAUUACAGAUGAAGAAGAAUUUGAUUUAAGUGAAUAUGGUCACUAUGCCUCUUCUCCUACAGGAGACAUUCAAAGGAUCCAAUCUAAUAUGAAAGGGAACACUGAGGAAAAAAGAAACAAAGACAGAUGUCACAAUCAGUCAAAUCAAUCACACCUAACCGUACAUAUGAUGAAACAUACUGGAGAAAAGCCAGUUCAGUGUUCUCAAUGUGGAGGGACCAUUAAUUAUAUAUCCAGCCUCAAGGAACCCCAGAGGAUCCAUACUGGGGAAAGGCCUUAUCAGUGUUCUCAGUGUGAAAAGACCUUUAGCCACAUGUCUCAACUUAGGACCCAUCAGAGGAUCCAUACUGGAGAAAAGCCCUAUCAGUGUUCUCAGUGUGGAAAAACCUUUAGACAAAUGUCUAAUCUCAAGAGACACCAGGGGAUCCAUAUUGGGGCUAAGCCACAUCAGUGUUCUCAGUGUGGAAAGGCUUUUAAUCAAAUGAGUAAUCUUAAAAAUCACCAGAAGAUCCAUACUGGAGAAAAGCCACAUCAGUGUUCUCUGUGUGGAAAAACCUUCAACCUUAUGUGUAAUCUUAAAAAACACCAGAAGAUCCAUACUGGAGAAAAGCCACAUCAGUGUUCUCUAUGUGGAAAAACCUUUAGCCUUAUGGGUAAUCUUAAAACACACCAGAAGAUCCAUACUGGAGAAAAGCCACAUCAGUGUUCUCAGUGUGGAAAAACCUUUAGCCAAAUGUCUGAUCUUAAAACACACCAGAAGAUCCAUACUGGAGAAAAGCCACAUCAGUGUUCUCAGUGUGGAAAAACCUUUGGCCACAUAUCUCAUCUCAAGAAACACGAGAAGAUCCAUACUGGAGAAAAGCCACAUCAGUGUUCUCAGUGUGGAAAGGCUUUUAAUCAAAUGAGUAAUCUUAAAAAUCACCAGAAGAUCCAUACUGGAGAAAAGCCACAUCAGUGUUCUCUGUGUGGAAAAACCUUCAGCCAUAUGUGUAAUCUUAAAACACACCAGAAGAGCCAUACUGGAGAAAAGCCACAUCAGUGUUCUCUGUGUGGAAAAACCUUUAGCCUUAUGGGUAAUCUUAAAACACACCAGAAGAUCCAUACUGGAGAAAAGCCACAUCAGUGUUCUCAGUGUGGUAAAAACUUUAGCCGAAUGUCUGAUCUUAAAACACACCAGAAGAUCCAUACUGGAGAAAAGCCACAUCAGUGUUCUCAGUGUGGAAAGGCCUUUAACCAAAUGUCUAAUCUCAAGAGUCACCAGAGGAUCCAUUGAAAUGAUGUGCUGCCCUGCUAAUACCUGAUUGAGUAUCACUUACUGAAAUAUUUUAGAUUAGAUGAGUUUUAAAACAACAUGUGAUGUACAUGAUAAAAGUUUAUUCCUUCACAUAUGAAACAUUAGUUAGGGUAGAGAUUGAAACAUGAAUUCAAUAAAAAAAAGUUAAAAGUGAGUGUUUUUUUCAAGUAUGUGUAUGUGGGGGUGCGGUGUGAGGACGUAAAAUAUAUAAUCGACAAGCAGCAGUAGUGUUUGUGCAAGCUUUCUAGAUAUAUGGCCUAAACAGCGCCUCAUAUGAAGAUUAUCUACACCUCAAAGAUGAGUGUUGAGGGUCAGAGAUGGGGGAAGAAAGAAAGAGGACGGGGGAGGGAACAUAGCAUUGUCAUUAAAAAGGGUAGACACAGACAAACAUGGCUACCUCAAAAAUACAGACUCUGCCCUCACUGUAGUAACAGGGUAUGAGUUACUUUUCCUGACAGAAUGUAAUAAGUAUAACAACAUAAGGGAAACCUACUUCUCAAGAAUAAAAGGCAUUUGCUCUGGGUUUACAAAAAUAAAAAGA